AUGGGGGUCUUCGUUAAUCUAACUGUUCGUCUAAUUGCUUGGGCAUCGUUCCUUCUUCUUGGGCACUGUCCUCAUAUCUCAGCUCCUAGUCCUGAUAUCUCAGCUCCUAGUCCUGAUAUCUCAGCUCCUAGUCCUGAUAUCUCAGCUCCUAGUCCUGAUAUCUCAGCUCCUAGUCCUCAUAUCCCAGCUCCUAGUCCUGAUAUCUCAGCUCCUAGUCCUGAUAUCUCAGCUCCUAGUCCUGAUAUCUCAGCUCCUAGUCCUCAUAUCCCAGCUCCUAGUCCUGAUAUCUCAGCUCCUAGUCCUGAUAUCUCAGCUCCUAGUCCUCAUAUCCCAGCUCCUAGUCCUGAUAUCUCAGCUCCUAGUCCUGAUCCUGAUAUCUAUCGAUAUCUCAGCUCCUAG